AUGGCCGCUGCAGCUGAGAACCCCGACCAGCUCAUCACGUCUUCGGACCCUGAGCAUCCCGCCAACCUCAUCCCUUCGUUGUGCGCCAAGUUUUGGACCUUGGGAUGGGUUACUGGUACUGGAGGAGGAUGCUCCAUUAGAGACGACAACCUCGUCUACAUUGCCCCCUCGGGCGUCCAAAAGGAACUGAUGAAGCCCGCCGACAUCUACGUCCUCUCCCUCAAAGACCAGGAGCCCUCCCUCAAAGAGCGAACCUACCUCCGCUCCCCCCCUCUCUACAAGCCCUCCCAGUGCACGCCCCUCUUCCUCGCCGCCUUCACCCGCCGCGGCGCCGGCUGCUGCAUCCACACCCACUCCCACUGGGCCGUCCUCGUCACCCUCCUCCUCGAGGUAAAGGGCAGCAGCGUCUUCGAGAUCAACAACAUUGAGCAGAUCAAGGGCUUCGGCAAGGGCAUGGGCAAGGUGGGCAACCUGGGGUACCAUGAUACGCUGCGGAUUCCCGUCAUUGAGAACACGCCGCAUGAGGAGGACUUGACCGAGUAUCUUGAGGCUGCCAUGGAAGAGUACCCGGACACGUAUGCCGUCUUGGUGAGGCGUCAUGGCGUCUAUGUGUGGGGUGAUAAUGUCCACAAGGCUAAGACGCAGUGCGAGAGGUGA